AUGUCCAAGGUGGUCAUUUCGCUGGAUUUGGAUGCCUUUUAUUGUGCUGUCGAACAGCAUUAUGACCCGACGUUGGCUGGUGAUGUGCCGUUUAUUGUGUAUCAGAAAAAUUGCGUUGCCACAUUAUCAUACGCAGCCAGGAACUUGGGUCUCAAGAAACUGAGCACAGUUUCAGAAGCAGUGAAAAAAGUCCCUGGUAUUAGACUGGUCAAUGGUGAGAGUCUGGCAAAGUACAGGGCUGAGGGAAAGAAAAUCCUCGAUUUUGUCUCUGGAUUGUUCGGAGGAUGUGUGCCUAUGGAGAGACUGGGUCUCGAGGAACUUCGCAUUGAUAUCACUAAAGUGGUUGAUUAUAAUAUGGAAAAUCUCCGGAAUACUGGACUGCUGGAUAUUAUACGAAAUAGCGGUGCUGAAGUUGGAGAUGAAAGUCCUGAGGGUAUUUAUUUAUUUAUGACUGAUGGAGACACUCCUACCAAUGACAGUGGCAUCUCAGGACGGCGUGUUAUUGGUGGUGGUGGUGGUCUGGAUGGUUCAGAAGCUGAUAUUGAUAAAACUCCGAGCAGUGAUCCUUUCUUUUGUGAAAACUUCUUUUUCAAUGUGCCCGCCAAAGUGUUUCCAUUAGACAGGAACAAUGCUCUACCGACGUUUACUGAUAGUGAAGAACACUUGAGGUGCUAUAUUGGUGGUCAACUGGCAAGUUAUAUUAUGGAACGACUCAGUAUGGACAUGGGUUAUAACUGUUCUAUAGGACUGGGACCCAAUAAAACUAUUGCUAAAAUGGCAUGUAGUCUGAACAAACCAAAAGGACUGACAAUAGUGUUACCGGAACAUGUUCAGGACUACCUUGACUCCACGUUUGUAUCAGCCAUUCCUGGAUUCGGUCAUAAGACAGUCAGACGGAUAGCUGAAGAUAUAGCCUUUUCAGACCGUCCUGGCAACGGACUCUUCAGCACUUUUAAACGAGAAAAUGAGAAUCCCACAUCUGCUGCUCCCAUCAGAGACUCCAGAACCCCGACACCAGACAGUCCUCUUGCAACUAACUCGAAUGAAGCAAAGCUAUCUUCAGUAGAAGUAUCACCACCGACUUUACAAAAACCAGUAUCAAUUGAAGCAUCACCCUCAUCAAACAAACCAGUGUCAGUAGAAACAUCACCCUCAUCAAAGAAGCCAAUCUCAACUAUUAAGAGUAGUGGAGGAGUAGAAAAGCUCGAACUUCAUGCGUUAAUGGACAGAGAGUUUGGAAGACAUCUCACAGUCUACGAUGUACGAACCAACCUCCAUCGAACAGACUUUGUACGAUUAUUCGGCCAAAAACAAGGAUCUGUGUUAUGGGAUCUGAUGCACGGUAUCGACAACAGUCCUGUCAAACAAGCCAGCGAUAUUCCCACUCAGAUAUCCAUUGAAGACACAUACAAACGCAUCGAUACCUUCGAACUCGUAAAAGAAGCUAUAGUCUCACUCACGAACUCGCUUCUCUACCAAAUCCACUGUGAUCUCAUCGACUCAGGCGACCUCACAUGGAGAGUAUUCCCCACCACCUUCCGACUCACCAUGAGCCGAGGAGAUUUCAACCCCUACGCAGUCCGUAAAUCCAAAUCGACCCGACUCCCACCUUCCUUUUUCGACGAAAUGCUCUCCAUAUCCUCGACUCCCGACCCCACCCCACUCUCCUACGAAGUCCUCUCCCGCAAACUCUUCCAAGACCCCAUCCUGGCCCUCUACAACCAACUCUCCACCGCCCGUGCCGGCGAAAAACUGAACGUCCGACUCCUCAACGUCGCGGUAACCAACUUCGACCCCACCCGACCCACAGCCACGCGAAGCAAACCGUCCUCCCGCCAGUCUCGCGGGGUCAUGGACCGGUUUCUGAACCUGAAGUGA